AUGUCUACUUUCGGCAAUUACUUCAAGGUCACCACCUAUGGCGAAUCCCACUGCCGCUCUGUCGGCUGCAUUAUCGAUGGCUGCCCCCCGGGAAUGGAGCUCACCGAGGCCGACAUCCAACCCCAGAUGACCAGAAGACGACCGGGACAAUCCGCCAUCACCACGCCGAGGAACGAAAAGGACCGCGUCGAGAUCCAAUCCGGCACCGAGUUCGGCGUCACAUUGGGCACUCCCAUCGGCCUUAGAGUCCUGAACGAGGACCAGCGGCCCAAGGACUAUGGCAACAGCACAAUGGACAUGUACCCGAGACCCAGUCACGCCGACUGGACCUACCUCGAGAAAUACGGCGUCAAGGCGAGCAGUGGUGGUGGCAGGAGCUCCGCCAGAGAGACAAUCGGCCGUGUUGCCGCUGGUGCCGUGGCCGAGAAGUACCUCAAGGUCGCACACGGCAUCGAGAUCACCGCCUUCACUACGUCCGUUGGCCCUGUGCACAUGUUCCCACCCACGCCCGAGGCGCCUACCCCCAGCCAAAAUCCCGACUUCCUGAAGCUGUUGGACACCAUUGAUCGGGAAACCGUCGACAAGUUCUUGCCCGUACGAUGCCCCGAUGAGAAGGCAACACAAAGAAUGGAGGACUUCAUUGCCGACGUAAGGGAUAAGGAGGACAGUAUCGGUGGAACAGUCACAUGUGUGAUCAAGAACGUCCCUAGCGGCUUGGGCGAACCGUGUUUCGACAAGCUCGAGGCAGCCCUGGCACACGCUAUGCUCAGCAUACCCGCAACAAAGGGCUUCGAAUUCGGAUCUGGAUUUGGCGGUGCAGAGAUUCUUGGUUCGGUCCACAACGACCCCUUCAUCAAGGCACCCGAGGUUCCUGCUGGAACACCUGGCCUGCCUAGGUCCAAGCUUGCUACAAAGACGAAUAACUCUGGAGGUGUUCAGGGCGGUAUCACAAAUGGUGCUCCCAUCUACUUCCGUGUUGCUUUCAAGCCAGCCGCCACAAUUGGGCAGUCCCAAAACACAGCAACUUACGCAGGUGAAGAGGAUGGUAUUUUGGCAGCCAAGGGCAGGCACGACCCAUGCGUGGUGCCUCGCGCAAUUCCGAUUGUCGAAGCCAUGUCGGCGUUGGUUAUCAUGGACACUUUGCUGGCACAAAUGGCUCGUCUGGGCGCAAGGAGCCACUUGCCUCCUCUCAAGCAAACUGUGCCAUCCACGAAUGGUUUGUAA